ACAUUGACAGCAGGUCUGUCUGAGCUGAACAUCAAUAGUCUCCUUCAGUAUAAUAACGCUGCUGCUGCUGCGGGAUCCUCCGGGGAGCGAACUCAGGCCGACGGCGCUGCUUCUGUCACCCAGCCAUCACAUCCAGCACACCGGGGCUCUCAGGGUCCUUCUUGCCGCUGCUGGAGGGGAGUCCGGCCGGAGCAGAACAACGGGACGGAGGGAGGAGGUGACAUGCUCUCCGCCGCUUGGCGCAGUCGGUGCGCCGCUCGCUGUCAGUGGACGAGGCUCAGACCGGAAUGGUGCAUUUGAAUUCUUCUUUUUAACGCCUGACUUCGUCCCCGUCUGUCUCCGGAUUAUUUUACGGGGGAACAGCGGCAGUUCAGGCCGGACCGUAUAUCAGGAGCUCCGGGAGAAUGCAGCAGAGCGGCUGUUGGACUGCAGGUGGAUGGCCAACCUGACGGUCCCAGCCGCCGCUUGCCUCCGUUCAGCCGCUGCAGCGGCAGCUCUGGCUUCAUCCGGAGCUGCAGAGACGAACUGAAACCAGACAGAACCAAAUCGGACGAACAAAACCCCCGCCAUGCUUCCCGGGGUCGGCGUGUUCGGCACCAGCCUGACCGCCAGGGUGAUCAUCCCGCUACUCAAGAACGAGGGCUUCGCCGUCAAAGCGCUGUGGGGCCGGACGCAGGAGGAGGCGGAGGAGCUGGCCAAGGAGAUGAACGUACCGUUUUACACCAACCGGAUCGACGACGUGCUGCUGCAUCAGGACGUGGAUCUGGUCUGCAUCAACCUGCCGCCGCCUCUGACGAGGCAGAUCGCAGUGAAAACACUGGGUAUUGGCAAGAAUGUCAUCUGUGACAGGACCGCCACGCCUCUGGAUGCCUUCCGAAUGAUGUCAGCUGCCCAGUACUACCCCAAAUUGCUGAGCAUUAUGGGAAAUGUGCUGCGUUUCUUGCCUGCCUUUGUUCGAAUGAAGGAGCUACUGGAGGAAGGGUACAUCGGAGAACUCCUGGUCUGUGAGGCCCAGGUCCACAGUGGUAGUCUCCUGGGAAAGAAAUACAACUGGAGCUGCGAUGAUCUGAUGGGAGGUGGUGGCCUGCAUUCGGUGGGCAGCUACAUCAUCGACCUGCUUACGUUUCUGACUGGGCAGCGUGCAGCAAAAGUCCACGGCUUCCUCAAGACCUUCGUCAAACAGACAGACCACAUCCGGGGCAUCCGUCAGAUCACCAGUGACGACUUCUGCACUUUUCAGAUGGUACUGGAGGGAGGCGCCUGCUGCACUGUCACGCUGAACUUCAACGUCCCUGGAGAGUUUCGGCAGGAGGUGAUAGUGGUGGGGACUGUCGGGAGGUUGACUGUCACGGGGACGGACCUGUAUGGACAGAAAAAUAGUGGUGGUGGAGGAAGUGGUGGUGGUCCUGAACUUCUACUCAAAGACACCACCCCUCUUGAGAAGGCCUCCUUGCCAGAAAAGGCCUUUAGUGACAUUCCAUCCCCUUAUCUUACCGGGACGAUCCGCAUGAUCCAGGCCGUGCGGCAGGCCUUCCAAGACCAGGAGGACAGGCGGACGUGGGACGGGAGGCCCCUGACGAUGGCCGCAACCUUCGAGGAUUGUCUUUAUGCUCUUUGCGUGGUGGAUACAAUCAAGAAGUCCAACCAGUGUGGAGAGUGGCAGAACAUUGUAGUGAUGACAGAAGAACCAGAGGUCAGCCCGGCCUAUUUAAUCAGUGAGGCCAUGCGACGGAGUAGGAUGUCACUCUACUGUUAACAUCCGGCUGAUGUUUGAACGCCUGUGUCAUCACGGAAACUUGAGGGGGGCACCUCAGUAUUGAUAAAAAACGUUUUUUUAAUAGAGCUACUGAAUUCAGUUAAAUUCAUCUCCUGUUUUAAUACUUUUAAAUCUGUAGGGUUACUGUUACAGACAGUUUACACCACUUUAAUACAGAGAGUUGUGGUUUCUCAGCCUAAGCUGUAGAGGAAAAGAAAUGUGAUUAUUGGUGAAACCUUUAUUUAUAAUAAGGAAGCUUUCUCAGCUUGUUUCUUUUUUCAUUUUGACAUGGGACUUGAGUCCUUCCAGGUGAUGCACUUGCAAAUCAAACUGAUUCAUGCAACAGAACGACCUACAGUGGAGGUAUAUCAGGGAGUCAGACUACUUCUGGUUGGCUGGUUGAUCAGUAGCAGGCAUCUGAUUUGCUUCUGAGUCCCCAUUUUACAAACUGAUGCCUGUGAUUUGAAACAUUUUUCACCCCUACGCUGCUGCUUGAUCAAACAAACAGUUAUUGCGUCUCCUAUCUGCUUCUCUUCUAUAUGACUGGGUCUGGAAAGACAGCACCUUACACUGUGGGUCCGAACAAGGACAGCCAAGGAAGAACGAUAGUCUUCUCAAAUUGUGCCGCUCUGUUCUUGCUGUACUUGCUAGUUUUACCAAGUGAAUGUUAACAAAAACAAAAAGUCAGUGCACUUGAUAGUCAAUCUGUGUCUACUCUUUAUGCUUCUCUCUAUGUGUGAAACAAGAGACAAAAAAUCAAUAGUUUGGCUGGUGGGUUCUAUAGAGGGCUUUACCUCCUGCUUUCUGUAUGCAAUAUUACACAGGCUGUUUCUCUUGAAGCCUGAAAUGAAGGGUUAGAACACACUAUGGUAUGCCUUUAUGCAGUUACAGUCAGCUGUUUCUCAGCCUGUUAGUCCUGUAUGAGUGGCCAGUGUAGUGAUGCUUAUUAUUUAUUUUAUGCUUUUUCUAUCAUCAUGAAGUGUUGCCACGAGGCACACUGAAUCCUGUGUGGCAUGUUAGUACAUAUCUGUACUGAGCCUUAAGUGUGGAGAGUCCUGCAUGUAGAGAUGCAAAUAAAUGUUAAUCUACAGAGUGUGAGGGUUUUCUCCUCAUAUUAUGAUGCAAUGGGUCACCUCUGGUGCAGGCUAAUGUAAGCCUGUUUAACAUGUCAGACCUACAGAUAGACUGAAUACUUGCAGCCAGUUAAUAGUGUAGCACAGUAAGGGGGAGAGUGGACGGCAAAAAGUCUUCGUGUUCUAUUAAAGGUCUGGUGGUAUUCUAUAUUUUUCUUAUGUAACAGCCUAAACCAACAUAGUCAGUCUGUCUGUCAGUGCAUUUGUGCAGACUGUGUCAUGCAGAAAGCAAGCAGAAAGUAAAAUACCGUCCUUAUACCUACCGUAUUAGUCCACUGGAGUCUCGUUAGUGGACUCAGUUCCAUACAUGGUACAGAGAACGUUGUAUCUUCUUAUUCUACACAUACACACAUACUGCUGCAGAGCCUGCAGGCUGCUGUCCUUGCAGCAUAGUAGACACAGGGACACACUGUGGACUGCACACAGUCGUAUAUGAACAGGUCUGUGUCAGAUCUUGGAUUUGAGCUGACAAGGCUUGCAUCUCAUGGAUCCUCACAGACACAUAAAGUAGAAAAAUAAACUGAUUCUUAGUGAAGAUUUAAAUUAUUGAAGCUGUGCUGGUGAAUGAUUUAAUAACAGUGGGUCUAAUAUGUGUAAUGUGUGAGGAGAUACCUGACUCUACUGAUCUAUUCAACUCUUUAGCAUUUAUCAGCUCAUGUUUUUCAGUUCUAGUUUUGCAUCACUUUCACCUAUCUUAUUAACCCUGGUCCUAGCAGUGGCAGCAGACAGCUGUUUUGGUGAUAAAGCUUUGAUAAACCCACAGUAAGAUCUCUGCCCAGCACCACACAGCAGAUAGACUCAGUAGCUGAUGAACAAUGUGGAGCAUUUUACAGCUAAAGAGAGAGUUGGUGAAAACCAAAACAGAGCUAAAAUGAAAUGAGUACUGGAAUUAUAUUUGCUGUGUGUCAAAUUCUGGAUGUGUAAUGGCAACUUUUUGCUCAUACACUAGCUGUCAGAAACAGUUGCAUAUUAAAGCUUAUAAGUCUAUUGUAUUUCUUAUUUGGGACUGUUUGCUGCUAUUGACAGACACACAUAGAAGAAAAAUAUGGAAUAGCACCACCAUUAUCCUUCAAGUUGUAAUUCACAAGCAUCAGCAGCUCUUCAGAGCCGCAGUGUACCAUGACUUAAUUAGAGGAGUGUAUCAGUAAAGAGAGCCGCUGAGGAAGAACAUGAGCAAGAGCGAGGAAAACAGGAGUGAUCUGAUAGAAGCAUAUCAGUUUUAAACAAGUUGCGAUGUGUAAUUCCUGUUAAAGAUACAAAAUCACAUCAGACUCAAAAAACUGAAGUCGUCGCUGUGCAUUACUUCCUGUCCAGUGCUGAGAAAGCCACAGCAAACCAUCAUAAAGUCAUUUUCAGUAUAGUUGAACUUCAAGUUUAGGAUCAGUUAGCACAUAUGAAGAAGCAACACUGACCUACAAGCCAAAAGAUUGAUUUUUUUAUGCAUCUCUGUUCCCCUGUGCAGUUUCGAGUUCUUAAGCUGUGCUGAAAUACUCUCUAUGUAACAACUACUGAAAAUGUACAUAUGAAAAUAUUAUAAAACAACAAUAUGCGUUUGUCUAAAGAAAUAAACAAGUACUGUAUGUAUUUUAUUUGUAAGAACCAAGGAACUGGAACAUGUUUCGAUGAGUGUUAAGGUAUUUAUUCUGUGUUUUUACUGUUGACAUUGUGUGGACUGACCUGCAGUGUAUUUGUUAGAUUGACAGCAGGCUGAGGCCUUUGGAGCGUCUUUAGUUCCCCGUUUAUCAGAUAUCGACCAAAAUAGUCUCUUUUCAAACACACUCUUGUGAAAAGCUUUAUGUUUGCUCUGAAGAUGCAUCAUAGACCCCAGGCAGAGUCCAACAUGACUCCACUGUCGACUGCAGUGCAAACUCUGAUGUGAAAAAUCAGCAGUUCAUAGAUGUUGUAUUGUUCAGUGUUUUGAUUUGUCAUAACACACUAUGCUUAGCUAAGGUCAGGACACAUUAUUGCUCCCGCUGUGAUCACAGUUUUUAACACCUACUUGGUUGUAAAGUUUAGCCAAAAAAAAACCUCCCUUGCCCAGUAAUCUGCCUGAAAAAACCUUUGAGUCCAACACUGAUAAGCUAUCUCCCUACAGGAUAACUCAAGUUAAAUUAUUGACUGUAGUGUACUAAACACCUUAUCAAAUCUGCAUAUAGACUUUCCCCCUUUGUCAGAGAACAGAUGUUAACUUUUCUCUCCAGGGUUGAAUUUGUCUUUUGUGCUUAGUUCUGUGUUUUGCCUGGAUUUUGUAAGACAAACUUGGACUUUGGUCUGUCAUGUAGGCCCUGGAUGUGGAAAAAAGCAAUAGAGGAGCUGUUUCCUCUCCCUCAUCAGGCCUGUAAACUCACUUUAUUACCGUCUGAUUUAUAGCUGCACUGGUGUAGCCUUGGAUGUUUAUCCCAGUUGAGCUCAAUUUAGAGGUGAAUGAUUUCCCUUUCUCUGUGGUUAACUGCACAGAUGUUCACAGGGAAUCUAAGGUGAGAGACCAGAGAUGACAUCUGCAGCACAAUAACGGCAGCAGCUCUCUUCUGUUCACUGCCACUGCAGGCAAACAGAAACGUGUGUUUGCUUUCAAAUUAUUGAAUCAAGGAACUUACAACUUUUGCUCUAAGUUUUAAUAGAUACCAGCACCAGUUUUGGAUAAGACUUUAUUUACAGAUCUGUUGGUUCCUAAUGCAUUCGAUCAGACUGUUACAUAUUUUCAUGUAACCAUUCUGUGGUUUUGAUUAAUUUACAUAUAUUUACAUGAAAGAAGUGUCCCAUUUCAACUCAUAUAAAUAUAUACAUAUUUCAUCUGGAAACAGCUCUCAGACAUCUCAGUUCAGGACAGAUCUCAAUGGAACAUCCAAAGAACAAUAAAACAAACAGAAGAAGCAUUUAACAAUAGCAUCUGACUUGUAUUUUCCCCACAUUCAGUCUACCAUCGAAUUUGGAAUUAAUUAGUGUUCCCACCUUUCACUUUCCUUGUAAUUAGUAACAUUAUUCUUUCCGGGAAACCUCCCAGACAACUGGAAAUGAUUGGGAGUUUAUGAAUCUGUAAAAUAAAGUGUUCCCUCGUGACUUCAUUUGGAAAUUUAAAAUAAAAAGAAUUGCAGUCCCAUAUGACAGAAGUUCCUACUGCUGCACCAUUGCUGCUGUCACACUCCACUAUGAGUCAUUUAGAAUAAUCUGCAGACUAAACUGAAAAGCUCUCUGUGCAGAGUAAGCUGCAGAAAUUCAGUAGUAGUUUAACACAGUUUCUGUUAUGUUUCUUGCUUCUGCUGUGUUUGGUCCCUUGUGUCUUCUGAUUCAAAAUCUGUUUUGAAGCAAGCAGCUUGACUCAGAUUGUAGUUUCUCAGUAGUGCACAAGGCUUGUUGUCUGUGAGUAAAGAUCCACUCACAAUAGACCCACAUGUGUUUAAAUUAGACUGUGUCUCAUGUUGAGAUUAAAUCAGCUAUAUUUAGUGUCCCAGGGGUGAGGAGAUGCAGAAGAACCUGCAGUGACUCCUAACCAGACCUUCAGCUCUGUGCUAAAUGUAUCAUUAGAAACCAGAAAGCUUUUCACUUCAGCCACUGCAGAUGUUCUUCAAAACACCACAUCAUUUUUUUUCUGAUUCCUGUCUUUGCUGUGAAGUCAUUAAGACACUGAUGAUGCUGAUGCAGAGGCUGCAGUACUGUCUCCACUGUACUGCUCAUUAGACUCCCAGUGAUCUCUGUAUGGAGCUGCACUCUGAAACUCAUGAGGCAAUAUCUGGGAUCUGAAGCACUGAAUUUUUAAUGAAUGGAAUUUUAAUGAGCCGAUACAGUUCAGUAUGAAGAUUUCAUACAUCUCUUGACUGUUUUUGCUUUUAUCUGUUCAGUAUUUAAGUUUUUCAUGCUGGUGUAAAGGUUGUUACAGCUGAUGUGCAGACAUCAAACUGUGUUCUCUGAGGAUUCACUGGUCUGGAUUUUUGUUGGCAAGAACUGUUUUUUCUGUUUGUUUGUUUUUGUGUGUGUGUUUGUGUGAUUUUUUUCCUGCUGCUUGUGGCCUGACAAGGAUGAUGGGACUGAGCUUCAGAAAGAGACACUGUCGAAGAAUAAACACAGGAGGUGCUCUGGUUCUAACUUUGCACUUUGACUGCCUUGUUAGCUGACAGUGUGACUAUGAAUUGCUUGUCUUUGCUUCGGCAGCAUUCACAAACGGUUCAGGAAAGGCCUUCACUCACUGAGGGGGAAAGGAGGUGGAGGAGGGGGAAUUGUUCAUUUUGGAGACGAAGAACCUCAAAGAGGUGCUUCUUCUGCCCUCAGAGUCCGCUACUUAGCAACCGAGUGCCACAUUGCCAAAACUAAAUCUUGUCUUAGAUUUUUUUCCCCUCUCUCACUCUCAUUUUCACUCACUCCUCGUUAUGUCUUAUCCCCCUCUUUUCUCUAACUGACUGGUCAAAGGAUUAACACCCAUCAGGGGUUUUUACAAUCCGUGUUGAGGAAGGUAACGGUUCCUGAUCAGCUUUUCAUUGAUCUGUCCUUUCACAUUUCUCACACAGUGACUCUUUAGCGUUCCUUUUUUUUCUCUAUCUCUCUAUCGUGAGUCAGGUUGAAGCCUGGAGGACAAGCUCACUGGUGCUUCUGCAGACCUUCCCCCAGAGGAUUUCCUCCUCUCUUGCCUUCACGUGCUUUACAAGUAACCAAGACAACCCUCUUCCAUAGUAACCAUUAGGAGUCACCUGCAGGUUGUGAAUGCCUUUCCUCAGCUGAUUGAUGAAUGCUGGCUCUGCCAUGUCCUGCUUGCUUACCCUCCACAUGGACAAAUAUCCAUUUUGAUGCUGUAUUGUGAUUAUAUCCAAUAUUUAUUGUCAUGUAUGUAUAUUGUGGACGCAUGGACCUCUGUACAUACUGUAAUUUGACCUCUCAAACGCAUAUUUAUGGGUCACACUCAAUAGAAUGUACUUACUGUAGGAAUAAUUUAUAUUUUUAAUCCGUUAAGGAUGAUAUGCCAUUUUUAGGAGGUCAGUCAGUGUCACGGAAAUGAAAGUCCCUCUGAGUUCUCGCCUGCUGUAAAGUGUGAUGGUGCACUUCCAUUAAAUGACCCCUCUCCCUCCCUGUUUUUUUUUUCCUUCUUUUGGUUGAUUGAUUGACUGUGUGACUCUGCUGUUUCUGUGUUUCAUUGUCUCAUCUCCCUGCACGAUUUUGGGUGUGUGUGAGUGUGUGAGUGGGGGGGGAAGAAGUAUGAUUGUGUUUGUGUGCAUUUGCGUCAUGGUUUACAGCUUCAGCACUUGUCAAAUGCUGCAGUUUCUAUGGAAUAAAAAAUAUGUACAUCCUCA